GAUCCAGAGUCUGAGACUGACAUCUUGGAAUCAGAAGAAUUCAACCCUCCCUUGCCGUCAAGUGAUUCCGACUUAAUUGAGUCCACUGUCUACGAGCCCCCAGCCCAGCCAGCCCUCGACGAAUCUACCAUAGACGAUCCUACGCCAAACCCAGUGGAAGCCGAAACUGAACCGCUGACUUUUCAGUUCCUUGAGGGCGGUAGCAGGAGAGGAAAACGGAAAUUGAUUGACAACCGGGGAUACAGUUAUAACGCUAAGAGGCAGCGUGUGAAUGCAACAGACUGGCAAUGCACGGUAAGAUCCAUUUUAUAUUAAACCAAAGUUAAUAAAGUACAUUUUCAAUUUUUUUUUCCGUGCCAACGCACGUAAAAUUUACGUGCGUACGCAGGCAAACAUUACGCAACAGUUGAAAUCCUCCUUAACGGAGAAUGUGAGGCUGUAAGUGAAAUUUACUUAACACAGAAUUAAUCUUUUUUUAGGGUAACCGCUGCAAGGCUACUGUAAUACAGCGAUCGCAAAACGUGUUCGAAAUGGGAAGGAACCAACAUAAUCACGCUGCACCAGUCGGGGCGAUGAUUGCCACGAAAAUCAAGUGCCUGGUAAAGAAGGAAGCUUCAAAGGACCUCUUUAAACCGGCAUCUGAGGUGGUCAAUGAUAUUCUUUUAAAUGAAUUGACGGAUGCUCCUUGUCCCAGCCUAGCCAAUCUGGACAGUCUUCAACGAACUGCUAACCGAGUCCGCGAACAGCUGCGACCACAAGACCCUAAAGACUUAAACUUUGAAUUGGAGACAGAGCACAUCCCUGACGGCUUUUUUCGCGAAGAUAUCAAGGUAAGCAUACUGGUUAAACAAAUAAGUUAUAUAUAUAUAUUACAUAGCAAAGAAAAAAUUCACAAGUUACACCUUUUUUUGGUUAAAAAGCGAAGUGAAGUGAAUUGCUCCAAAUUACUUCUUUAAUGCAUAUAACAUUGUUCAAAAAGUGUGACUUUUCCGCUUUUGUUUCCUGGGAUAAACUGAUCAUAAUUAUCAACUUUGGAAAGGACGUUAUAAUGCAAUUCCAAAAGUGUGACUUUUCUGCUUUUGUUUCCCAAUAUAAACUGACCAUAAUUAGCAACUUCGGAAAAAAUGUUAUAAAAUUUGUAAAUAAGACUCACCAGUGUGUGCUUAGUUAAUUGAAGUAAGGGGCUAACAAACGAUUUUUUUGUUUCAGAUCCGUGGACGCCGUCAUUUGGUCUUUGCAUCAGACAAAUAGAGGUGUUGACCAAGUCAAAAACCUGGUACAUCGAUGGUACAUUUAAACUCUGCCGUCAGCCCUUCUCGCAGUUGCUCACCGUCAAUGCCUUUGUGCGAAACGACGACCAUGUGAAGCAAGUACCCCUUGUCUUCGUUGUUAUGUCUGGGAGGAGACAGUGAUUUCCCUCUUGCCAAACGAGCCAAAAGUGAAGAAGAUAGUUCUUGACUUCGAAAAGGCAAUGUGGCGCACCAUCUGGCAGGUGAUGCCAAAUGUGGAGUUGAUGGGCUGUUCCACUAGAUGCAAGCCUUAUGGAGGAAGGUUAGUAUGAUAAUAAGUUUUAUAAGUAUGAUAGGUUUGAAAAAAAAUACCAAAGCGCAUGUGUACCGCUAGCUAAUUGUCAACACACGUAAAAAACAAAAUCAAACAAACAUAAAAUUUUGAAAAAUCAAAUAAACAAAACGUCAGUGCAAUAGCAAGACUUAAACAUUAAUUAACCUUUUUUCAUUUUCUUCUAGGUACAAGAGCUUGGCCUUCAGGAGGCAUACAACAGAGACCGCGGCACGUACGAGUACGUGAGAAAAAUGAUGGCUUUACCGUUCCUGCCAGCAGAAAAAAUAGAAAGACGUUUCAGUCACCUCCAGCGACGAGCAACAACAGAGGCCUUGAAAACAUUUAGCCAAUACGUCAAUGACAACUGGAUUAUCAGCCGUACCUUCCCACCAGCAACUUGGAGUGUGUAUAUGGAAGUUGUCAGAACAAACAAUGACCUGGAGGGGUGGCACAACGCCCUCAACAGACGAGCGAAGGGAAGAGCUCAGUUGCCCCUCUACAUACUGAUUCAGCUCCUCCACAAGGAAGCAGCACUUGUCUCCCUUCAAAUCAGACUCGUGUCCGACAGAAGACUGAGAAGACAUCAGCGUAAGACUUAUCGAAAGUAUCAGAAGACACUCUUCAGCCUAUGGAAAGCCUAUGAAGACGGUCAGAAAAACUCAAAACAGCUACUGGAGGCAUGCUCUCAUUUAGUUAAUCCGUUGUAA